CAGAAUUUUCAUUUUUAGGUGAACUAUCCCGUCAGGUUUUCUGGGAUUUGCCCAAACACUCACAAUGAUUCAGUCCUCAGUUCAUGUGGUUUCAUCAGUUUCAGCCCUUUCUGUCAUGUUGUGUCUUGUUUUAUAUCAUAGAGAUAUUUUAAAUGAGUUUUAGGCUUAAUUUGAGAAGGCUUUUUUCUUUGCAGGUGACGAUGAGAGGCAGCUGGAGAUAGACAGGGAAAGAGAGCAGAUAGAGAAAGAGACAGAAGAGGACAGAGAGCCCAGGAUGCCUGAUGAAAGAGAGCAAGAGAGAGCAGCACUUGAGCGAGAGGCAGCCAGAGAUCUGACAACAUCAGUCUCUUUAGAUCUGGCACAGAUCACUGGCGUAUCAAGCCAGGAGGCUGUCCUGCUGCCUGAGGAGGAUCUGGGGCUGCCCAUGGAAAUGCCUGUGUUAGAAGAACGAGAAAAGACCCCGGUAUCUGUGUCUAUACCCAUACCGUCCCCUCCGCCCGGUGAAGAGGAGAAAAAGGCUGUUGAACCCAGAGAAGAGAGGGCAGUGAGAGAGUGGAGCCCUGAUCUUGAGCCUGCUGUAGCGAGGCCUGAAUCCCCUACAGAGCGGAGGAAGAGGAGGAGACAGCUGUUCUUCAUUGAUGAAAACACACAGAUCUCUCAAGAGGAAAUGAGGGCCCGGAUUGAUGACGUUGAGACAGAGACCAGGCCAUUGGCAUCACUUGUCAAACCACCGUUUGAGAAGAAGGGUGCUAAGGAACUACUCGAGAACCCUUGCAUGAGCCUUCCGCCUGAAAUCCUGGUGCUAUGGAAACAGGCCGCGGUCCUGAGGCCCAUCCCACCGUCCUGGCAGCGCAGGGAGGUUCCCGUAGCUGAGGAGAUACCAGAGAGAGAGCAGGAGAGACCAGAACCGGGACAGAGAGAGGAGGAGGAGAGAGAGCUUAGCUCUAAAGAGAUUCCCAGAGAAAUGUUGGAGUCUGGCCUCUUCCAGCAAGAAACACCAGCGUCUCUGGUGGUUUUGGAGACGACAGACAAGGAUUUCUCUCCACUGGAGACUCCUGAAAUGAGACGAUCCCCUGUUCCAGAAAUUCAGUUCGGUCUUGAGGGCAUCCCAGAAGAGAGGGUCCCAGAGAUGGAAGAUAUUACAAAGGAUAUCGAGGAACAAUUAAGGCCACAGGAUGUUAUUGAAGGUUUGGUGACCUUUCACUCUCUGCUGCCCCCUCAGGCCAGCCGCAGAAUUGUUGCCCAAAUGUUUUUGAGAUUGCUAGAGGAAAUAGUCGCAGGACAGGUCACAGUGCGACAGGACGAGCCGUAUGGUGACAUCAUCAUUUCACAGCUGUAGAUCGAUGAGGACUGAUGAGGACUUGCCAUUGUUUCAGGACAAAACUGGUAUGAGGAGAUUUAUUCACAUGGCUUAUUAUGUAAGUGUUCUGGUUCAUGAAUUUUAUAACAACUGAAACAGUUUUAGUUGUGGUAACAUUACUGAUGGUUUAACAUGUUUGUUAUUGUUAUUUUAUUAUUGUGAUAUUUUGUACUCUAUGAAAAAAAAAGUUUUGUCUUUUUAAGAAUCAACUUUUAUGCAAUGUUUUCUAUAUUAUUCUAAUGAUACCAUGUUUAGUACAGUAUUUCUGUUUUUACUAUAAUAUUAAAUUGUACUGUUAACAUAAUUAGGUUUUACUGUUCCACACCUAAUAUUUAUUUCUUAAUAUUUAUCUCAUUUUUACAUACAGCACGUAUGAAAUCUGCAUUGUUGCUAGUUUUAAUCAAUAAAGUUUAUAUUGCCCUGUUCAUAAGAAACUAAUAAAAACUGUAUACAAUUCAUAUUUGUAUUGACUCUAAUUUCACCAGUUUCACCAUGUUUAACUGUGUAAAUGUGAUAUAGCAUGAAGCUUUACAAACACAAAUAGUUUUCUUAUUUUAUUACAAACUCUUAUUUUUACAGGUUCAUCUCAACAACACAACUGUGCAAUAUAUAUUUAUCAGUUUGUUUACCA